AUGGUUCCUCAAAACAAAAGCAAGGAAGACCACGAUGAGAAACAUGGAAAUAAAAGCAAAGCAGUCAAAGCUAGUCCUGCACAUUCCACUGUGGCUUUGAUUGAGGAGGAGAUGGAGGAUGUAGACCCAUGGAACCUGCCAGAGCUGAAGGACACUGGGGUCCCAUGGUCAGCUCUGGAUACCAAAGGGAAGGUGCUGAGAGUGCUGGUGUCAGUGGGGAAGUUGGUCCUGCUGCUGGGUUUCCUCUACAUUUUCAUCUGCUCCCUUGAUAUUCUCAGCUCAGCUUUCCAGCUUGUUGGAGGUAAAACAGCAGGUGACAUCUUUCAGGACAACUCAGUUUUGUCCAACCCACUGGCUGGUUUGGUUAUCGGUGUCCUGGUCACUCUGCUGGUGCAGAGCUCGUCCACUUCCUCCUCCAUAGUUGUCAGCAUGGUCUCCUCUGGAUUGCUGACGGUCCAGCUGGCUGUCCCUAUCAUCAUGGGCACCAACAUUGGCACCUCUGUCACCAACACGCUUGUCGCAAUGACACAGGCUGGUGACCGUAGCACCUUUCGGAGGGCUUUUGCAGGGGCCACAGUGCACGACUUCUUCAACUGGCUGUCAGUGUUGGUGCUGCUGCCUCUGGAGGUGGCCACUGGUUAUUUGUACGAGGUCACUAAGCUCGUCAUCGACUCUUUCAAAAUCCAGAGCGGGGAGGCCCCAGACCUGUUAAAUGUGAUCACUGAUGUCCUCACAGAGUCAAUCAUACAGUUGGAUGAAUCUGUCCUUAGUGGGAUUGCCACUGGAGAUGCAGAAGCCAGGAAUAAGAGUCUCGUCAAGAAAUGGUGCCAAACCUUCACCAACGCAACCUUAAUGAACGUUACAGUUCCUGGUCCAGAGAACUGCACCUCUCCGUCUCUCUGCUGGGUGGAUGGCAACUACACCUUCACACUGAAGAACAUUUCUAAAACAUAUAAUGUCCAGAAAUGUAAACACCUCUUUGUGGAUGUACAUCUGCCUGACCUGUUUGUGGGUCUGAUCCUGCUGGCUGUCUCUCUGCUGGUGCUCUGCUCCUGUCUGGUCCUCAUCGUCAAGCUGCUCAACUCCAUGCUGAAGGGACAGGUGGCUGCAGUCAUCAAGAAGAUCCUCAACACAGAUUUCCCAUUUCCAUUUGGUUGGGUCACUGGUUACAUUGCCAUAAUAGUCGGAGCUGGAAUGACCUUCAUCGUGCAGAGCAGUUCGGUUUUCACUUCGGCUAUCACUCCACUUGUUGGUAUUGGUGUCAUCACCAUAGAGAGAGCAUAUCCAUUGUCACUGGGUUCAAACAUUGGCACAACUACCACAGCCAUCUUGGCAGCCAUGGCUAGUCCUGGAGACACACUAGCUAAUGCGCUACAGAUUGCCCUUGUGCACUUCCUGUUCAACAUUUCUGGCAUCAUUCUGUGGUAUCCAAUCCCCUUCACCCGCAUCCCUAUCCGGCUGGCUAAAGGUCUGGGCAACAUCACCGCCACCUACCGCUGGUUUGCUGCUGUCUACAUCAUCUGCUGCUUCUUCCUUUUACCACUCUUAGUCUUCAGCCUGUCGCUGGCUGGCUGGCAGGUAUUGGUAGGUGUGGGUGGACCUCUAGUCGUCAUAUUGAUCAUCAUCGUGGUGAUCAAUGUGCUGCAGAAACGGAAACCUGGGUGUUUGCCUGCAGCACUGCGAUCCUGGGAUUUCCUCCCUCUCUGGGCUCACUCACUGGCUCCCUGGGACAAAGUGGUUGGUGUGAUUACUGCCAAAUGCUGUUGCUGCUGCAAAUGCUGCCAAGUUGCUGCUGAUGACCAAGAACACAGAGAGAAAGAGUGUGUGGAAAACAACAACAAGCCACACAGAGAGGUAUAUGAUAACCCUGCAAUGAGUGCAGAAAAAGAGGUAGAAAAUGAGAUAAAGAUAGAGCUAAAGAUUCUGAAAAUGACGCAGCUGUGA